CAGAAACAUAGCGCUUGCGAUUUCAUGAAGAAUCUUCCGAGAGAGAAAUCUUUAUUCGGGAGUCUGGAACGAGAGUGCUCAGAAGAAAUUUGCACGUACGGAGAAGUCCAAGAGAUUUAUAAAGACGAAAGCAAAACAGAGUGUUUCUGGAACGACUACAUCCACGGACGUAAUUCGCAUGUGGCUUCUCUUCUGCGGUCCGGAGGGGAAAUCCUCAGAGAUCAAGGCAAGAUCAACGCGCUUCAAAGGGAGCUCAGAGAAAGGAAGAAAAAACUGCUGGACUUGGAGGACGAGUUUAAUCUCAAAGUUAAACAGUUGUUUUCACAGUAAAGGAUGAGGGAAGUGCCAUCAGUAACGGGCAUGCAGAGGUU